AUGCCUUUAGUUUCUGAGCUACACAUUGCUAUACAAAAAGGCAGCGAGCCGCAUGAAGCCUGGAGCUGGAGUCUCUUUAUUAAUGGACCCUCCAUGCCCAAAAGAACCAUCCUCCAUCUUAGCAGCUGCUUCACCCAUUUCUAUCUUGAGCACCACCACGUCAGUAAUUAUAGAUCAGAGAACCUUGUCGAGGUGCUGCCUCUUUGUGAAGUCGAUACUCUUCAGAUCAACGCCAUCGUGGACAUUGCAAGGCCCAUCCACAACCAGUGCCCACGCUACAACUGCCAACACUACAUUCUCGAGCUGCUGAGCGCCCUGGAGGAGGCAAGAAUCGUCAAUGGGGGGGAUAGGAGGUACCGAGAGAAUAGAAAGGCUGUCGAGGAGAUGCAGGGUAGAACUGAAAGGAUCAGCAGGGUCUGA